ACGCUCUCCCUAUGAUACCCGUAGUAGGAUCGUAACGUAACGUCUCCGGUCUUCUGCCAUGCCAGUAGUGGCAGAGGCGCUCCGAUGAUAGACGCAUAGAAUUGCAUCCGAAUAGCUGACGCGAGGCUUGUUCAGCACUGUACACAUCCACCGUCUUUCUCCGUCAUUCUACCUUUCCGAUUUCGUCGGAAACUUUGCCAUGGUUCUGCCAUGUUCAUCGGCAAAUGGUAAUCAGCUGGCAACCAACUUCCGCAGCGCUGAUCCCGGGACUCUCGUAUUUGAUCCCAGCAACAUCAUAGCUCUCGUUGCAUACCGAUAUGUCCCAUCCUAUCCAGUGGUGUAGACAAGCCUUCCCUCCAGCCUCCAAAUGGCAUCCGGAGGAUAUACCUGACCUAUCAGGCCAAAUCGUUCUCGUCACUGGAGGAAACUCCGGAAUCGGGUUCGAGAUGAUCAAGUCUCUCCUUCGCAAGAACGCAAAGGUCUACCUUGCAGCUCGUUCUCAGCAGAAGGGCGAGGAGGCGAUCCGGGCUUUGAAGGAAGAUACCGGGAAGACCGCCGAGUUUCUCCAGCUUGACUUGAACGAUCUGGUUGCCGUCCAAAGAUCCGCACAAGACUUCGCUCAACGCGAGUCGCACAUCGACAUCCUCUUUAUCAAUGCUGGCAUCAUGUACCCGCCUCUUGAUCAGAUCACUGCCCAAAAGUACGACGCAACUUUCGGCGUGAACGUAAUCGGGCACCACCUCUUCCUCCGCCUCCUCUACCCUCUCCUCACUUCCCCCAGCCCCUUAUCCCAGUCGCAAACAAGCCCCUCACGAAUCAUCUGGACCUCGUCUUCCGCGAACCUCCUCGUGAACGGUCGUCUCGACUUCUCCACAUUUACCGAAGGCCCUGACCGCCGCAAGGCCGGGACAUUUGACCUGUACGGCCAGAGUAAGCUCGCGCAGAUCCAGUUGUCGGCGUAUGUGGCAAAGCGUGCAGCGGAGGCUGGUGAGAACGUUGUAAGCAUUGCGGUCGACCCUGGUCAUAUCAGAAGCGACAUCUUCCGGGGCAAGAAGCCUUGGUAUAUCAUACUUUACGAGAAGUUCGUUAUGUACCCGGUGUCGUACGGAGUACUUACCCCGCUCUACGCAGGAACAGCUCCGGAAGCACUCGAGUAUAACGGGAAGUACAUUCGUCCCUGGGCGCGCCCUGGGCAGCCGCACCCUUCCGCGUACGAUCGCGAGCAGCAAGAGAAACUCUGGGUGUGGCUGGAGGAACAGGUGAAAGAGUACCUAUAGCAUACGUCCCUGCUUGUGGAUCUCGCUCGGUACCGUAUGGGUCUUACGGGACAUCGCUAGUGUUUACAACAAUGCGGCCUUGGAUAUCCAGAUCAUAUCAGUCGUACACCAUGUCAGAUACGAGGCGAGGAUGACCACG